UUCAUUGCGUCAAACCUUCAGACUUCAGACAUUUCGUCUCAAAGCAACUCAAAGUGAGUUGGUUGUCUUAUCAGCACAUUCUGGUAAAGAUAAAUUAAAAUUUUCUCUAUUUCAAAUUAAAACGAAACUUAGAUAUGGCUGCGUGGAGACAAGCAGGAUUAAAUUACAUCAAUUAUUCGCAAAUUGCUGCGAGGCUUGUUAGGCAAGCCCUGAAAUCUGAUAUUAGGGCAGAAGCUGCAAAACGCGAUGACGCAAACGUGAAAUUUACUGCAUGGAAAGAUGGUAAACCAAUUACUGAAAGGCAAUAGUUACAAGAACUUAAAAAGUCUAAAUUGGGAUAUCACAGAUGAGAGGAAGUCAUCCUUUUCCUAGGUUCACACAUCCACAUACAUAACAUAUGAAAAAAAAAGAUAGCAAAGUUUAAUAUAGUAGUAACAUAUGUAUGGUAAUUCCACACAUGUUCAUCUGAAGUAAAAAUAUUUCUCUUGAAGUUGCAA